GGACUUGGGGGACAAGUUUGCUCUUCCUAUAUACCUUGGGAAAUAUACCUUCCACUUAGCAUAACAAUAAAUCAUCAUCAUUAUCUAUACGCAUUAGAUACAGUACUCAUCCAAAUGGACCUCUGGUUCGUCAUCCUCGCUUCCCUCUCCGUCGCCUUCCUCCUCAAAUCUCUCCGCGACCUGGUCUUCCCCUCCACUUCCGACCGGAGAACGAAGCCCCUCCCGCCGGGACCCACCGGAUACCCAAUCAUCCGAACCUUCCAAUGGCUCCGGCGGUCUUUAUCCGAGAUCGAACCCAUGCUCCGGAAGCUCAUGUCCGUUCACGGCCCCCUCAUCACUCUCCGAAUCGGCCCUAAUCCCUCCAUCUUCGUCGCCAGUCACGCUCUCGCUCACCAGGCCUUGGUCCAAAACGGCGCCGUCUUCUCCGACCGCCCGAAACCCCUGCCAACCACCAGGAUUGUGUCUAGCAACCAGCGGAACAUUAGCUCCGCCGCUUACGGGCCGACGUGGCGUCUCCUCCGCCGUAAUCUCACCUCCGAGAUUCUCCACCCUUCUCGGGUCAAGGCCUAUUCCGGCGCCCGGAAAUGGGUUCUGGGUAUUCUCUUGGAGAGGCUCCGAGGCGAUUGCGGGUCCGGGUCGGGCGUGAAGCUGAUCGAUCAUUUCCAGUACGCCAUGUUCUGCCUUCUCGUGCUGAUGUGCUUUGGAGAUAAGCUCGAAGAGGCGAAAAUCAAGGAAAUCGAGAAAGUCCAGCGGAGAUUGCUUCUAGGGUUCAGACGAUUCAAUAUCCUCAAUUUCUUCCCGAGGAUUGGGAGGUUCAUUUUCCCGGACCGGUGGCGGGAAUUGAUCGGAACCAGAGAAGAACAGGAGCGGAUCUUCGUUCCCCUGAUCCACGCCAGAGCCCAGUCCAGAUCGCGCGAGGAAGACGACGACGGGGUAGUGGCGUACGUGGACACGCUCCAGGAUCUGGAGUUGCCGGAGGAGAAGCGGAAUCUCAACGACGGCGAGGUGGUCAGUCUCGUCAGCGAAUUCCUCAGCGCCGGAACCGACACCACCUCCACCGCGUUGCAGUGGAUCAUGGCGAAUCUGGUGAAGCAUCCGACGAUCCAAGAGAAGCUCUACGGAGAGAUAUCAUCCGUCAAGGGGCCGCCGCCAGGGGAAAUCAACGUCGCCGCCGUCGAGGAGGAGGAUCUGGCGGAGAUGCGGUACCUGAAAGCGGUGGUACUGGAAGGCCUGCGGCGGCACCCGCCGGGGCACUUCGUGCUGCCGCACGCGGUGACGGAGGAGACGGAACUGAACGGGUACACCAUCCCGAAGAACGCGACGGUCAACUUCAUGGUGGCGGAGAUGGGACUGGACCCGAACGUGUGGGAGGACCCGACGGAGUUUAAGCCGGAGAGAUUCCUAACGGCGGCGGGAGAUGACGGCGGGGAGAUGUUCGAUGUGACGGGGAGGAGAGAGAUAAAGAUGAUGCCAUUCGGGUCGGGUCGGAGAAUGUGUCCGGGUUGGGGUCUGGCGCUGCUCCAUUUGGAGUACUUUGUGGCAAAUCUGGUGUGGUACUUUGAGUGGAGGGAGGCGGAGGGUGAAAAGGUAAAUCUUGAGGAAAAGCCAGAAUUUACCGUGGUCAUGAAAUAUCCACUGCGUGCUAAACUCCGUUUAAGGUCGUCUUAGAUUAUUUCCAAUCCUGUCCUUAAGCUCUAUAAAUAAAUUUAGUUACUACCUAUUUUGAUUGUGUAAAUUUAGUACUACCGUUUAAUGUUCGUUGACACUGGCUAACGGUGUGAUUAGGGGUACCACUGUGUUUUUGAAACAUCUUUGUGCUUAAUUAAAAAAUCGAUGGUUCU